UUCAAAAUGGCUGAAAAGCGGAGUGAGAAUAUGGAAAAUAACAGCGCCGAUGAUGCAGUUCCCGGACGAAUAGAUCAAGUAUUAUGUCAACCGUGUUCCAGUAAGGGUAAACAAACAGAAGCUAAUGUGUUUUGCUCUAUUUGUGAUGAAUUUCAGUGCAUGGAUUGUUCAAACAUACACAAAACGUAUGCUUUCAUGAAAAAUCACAAAUUAGUGGACGCAAAAGAUAUUAAAGAGAAACCAAUUUCUUUUGAUAUGAAGGGAUUAGACCAAUGUGAUCAGCAUCAUAAAGAUUUAGAGUUCUUCUGUGAAGAUGAGAAUCAGCUCUGCUGCAGUACCUGUGCUAUUGUAGAUCACCGGAAAUGCCACAGUGUCGUAGAAAUACAGACGAUUGCCGGAAGGUCUCUAUCGACACGUUCCGAAUUAAAGGUCAAGUUGCAGGAAGUAAAGGAGAAAGCUGAAACUGUUAUUAAAUAUACUAAGUCAUCAAAGGAACGACUGAAUAAAGAUGUUAAAGAAGUGACUGUAAAAAUCAGACAAAUGCGUGAUAAUGUAAUGAAAAUGUUUGACGAUUUUGAAGUUUCCGUCGCUAAGGACGCUGAAUCAUUUAAGACAGAAACACUCAAUAAGCUGUCAAAGAAGCAGUCAGACAGUGAGAAACAUGUUGCUGAUGCAACAAUAUCUCUGGAAACAAUUGAUAACGUUCAUCAGAAAGGGACACCAUCACAACAGUUUAUACUGGAACAUAGAAUGACGAAAGAAGUUGAUGAACUUGGCAGCAAUGUUGACAAGGAAUGUCAAAGGUUAGAGACUGUGAUCGUUUCAUUUGAUUUUGAAGAAACAUUGAAAAUGCCCCCACUUCCGGUUUCUGAUUACGUUCCAGGACAACUGACAAUAAAAUGCUCUAUAUCGGAAGAUGUGAAACACAUCGCACCUGUAGAUCCGAUUGUUAAGUUCACGAAGAUUACUUCCACUGAUCUGAAGCAAACUGGAGAUGAUGUCAAGGAACCGUUAUACUCAGGUCUGGAUUUCUUGCCGGAUGGUAAACUGGUUGCCGUGGAUAAUCAAAACAAGAAAUGCUUGCUUUACAAUGAGAAGCUUGAGAAAGUAGGAUCAUACCAGUUAUCGUAUAUGCCAAAGUGAGUUGUUGCUGUAUCUGAGGAGGAAGUGGCGAUAAUAAGUAGUUCUCAAUACAAGAUAGACUUUCUACGUGUCAGUAAAUCUAAUGAAAUAACUUUGAUCAGGACAUGUAAAGUUAAUGCAAAAUAUGAGUCUAUAUGUAUGAAAGAUGGGAGAUACUUUGUUGUUGGAACUAUUGACGAUACAAGACAUGUUCGUAUUGUAUCUAUGUCAGAAGAAGAGAAAGAUUUCAGUAUCAGCUUUCCAAACAAGAAAUAUCUUAGAGCCACUAGUGCUUGUACAUAUAUUAGAAGCAGUGACAAAGUGGUUUUCACCGAUUGUUUCGAGCAUACUGUCUACAUAUGUGACAUCAAGAGCAACACCCGAGCUGUUGUCAAGGACGACCAGAUCAAUGAACCCAGAGGUGUAACAGUAGGUCCAUCCGACUGUAUCCUUGUCUGCAGCAAAGACACAAAUUCCAAUGUACAGAUCUCCCAGACAGGUCGGAUCUUAUCAUCGUACAAGUUAGAUAUGGAAUAUCCAUGCAGAGUCUGUGUUUCCAAGGACAAAUCAGUUAUAUCAGUCACAAAUAGCGCGAUUGGUAGAAAAAAGUUGCAGUUGCUAAAAAUUACAUCAUAAAUUCAAUAACAUACUUAACUCUGUCUGAAAUUUAAAGUCUAAAAUAAAUAAAAGUAUACAAUUUUGCUGGAACGGAAAAGUAUGAAAAGAAUUUGGACCUAAAUUGAGAUAAAAAAAAGAAGAAACGUCCACAUUUACAUAUAGUACGGGUUACAGAGUCGGAAAAGUCGCGUUGUACAGUAAUAGUUACAGAAUAUAUUUUAACAUACGUAAAAGGCUGAAGACAUAUUGUUCAAUUGUGUGAAAAUGAUAUACUUUUUUCAAAUAUUUCAAGUGCGAAAAUAGUAAUUUUCAUGAUGUUGAAUAAACGACAUAAAUGAGUGCAGAUAAAAAUGUAUACAUAUUUGACAUUCAGGAUAGUAUUUCAAAGUUUAUUAGGGCCUAAUAUAUUAGGUUGAUAUUAAGUGAUUAAGUUUAUAUCUUUUUCAAGAAUUUUACAAAAGUAGUUCAUACUUUUAGGUUUUUAUUUGAUAAUAACAUCCUUACAUCCUUUAAAGAUGUUUCAGCAAAUAACUUUUUAUUUAUUAGUAUGUUCUUUAAUCUUAAUGCCCUCGACGGUGGCCAUAUUAAAAUUGCACUGUCCGACCGUAACUUUGUAAAUUCUUGUCCGGGCUGUAAUUCUGUCAUUCAUGAAGGAAUUUUGAAAUAAAUAUUAACCUUAAUGAGACGACGUUUCAUGUGUAACACUCAGACUCCUAUCUACAAGGUCAAGGUCACACUUAAAAGUCAAGCAUAAAUAGGGUCUGUUUCGUGUCCGGAUCGUAACUUUGCCAUUCAUCAAGAGGUUUUAAAAGUACUCAGCAAAAAUGUUUAUCAAAAUGAGAACCCUAGCUCCAAGGUCAAAAUCAGACUUAGUGUUCAAAUGUUAACAGGGUCAUUUUUUGUGUCCCAUCCAUAUUUCUGCCAUCCAUAGAGGGAUUUUGAAAUAUCUUGGCAUAAUUAUAAUUAUAAUCAGACAAUGUGCCACGCGCAAGACCCAGAUCCCUUGCUCCAAGGUCAAGGUCAUAUUUAGAAGUCAUAUCUUAAUAUAUCUUACGUAUCCGGUAUAUAACUCUCUUAUCCAUGAGGGGAUUUUGAAACAACUUGGCAUAAAUGUUUACCAUAAGGAGGCAAUGUGUUACGCGCAAGACCCAGACCCUUAGCUCCAAGAUCAAGUUUACACUUAGAAGUCAAGUGAAAGGUUAAAAGGGUCUGUUUCAUAUCCGGUUCGUAACUCUGUCAUUAAUCAAGAAAUUUCGAAAUUAAUUAGCAAAAAUGUUCCCCGAUAACGAGAAAACGUGUCAUGCAUAACAAUCAGACCACUAGCUCCACGGUCGAUGUCACAAUUGGAGGUAAACGCUUUACAUGGUGUGUUUCUUGUCCGUUCCAUAACUAUUCCAUCGAUGAAGACAUUUUAAUAUUACAUGGCAUAAACGUUCCCUAUAUUGAAAUGACGUGUCAGACGCAAGUCCAAGAUCUCUAGCUUCAAAGUCAAAGUCAAACUUAGAUUCAAAAAUUAACAUUUAUGUUUCUUGUCCAGUCAAUAACUCUGCCAUCAUCAAACAUUACUUGUCACAAUUUUUCCCUAUGAUGAGUUAGUGUGUUAUGCUUAAGACCCAGACCCUAGCUCUAAGGUCAAGGUUACAUUCGGAGAAACUUUUUAUCUGGUCGAAAAAACAGUCAUACCUAAUUAACUAUUUUGGCAUAUUUUGCACAUCGAACUGUAGCAUUCUUGGGCAAACCUCGGUGGCGUUUGUCACUAAUAGUGCCAGCUCUUGUUUGAGCUUCAAUUCUAACUUUGAGAGUUAUAUAUAUUUGUAAUAUUCCCUAUAAAAUGUCAAGGUCAGUAGUGGCUAUUGUCAAGUUACCUUAAAGACACACCACAAACUAACUGUAACCUUUUGUAUUUCCAUGAUGAUAUCUGACUAAAGUACAUCUCCUAUUACGCUAUACUAAGGAUCUGAAGAAGUGCUAUUGAUAGCCUCGUUCUGACGACCAUUCCACUAGCCAAUCAAAGUCAACAUUUUGUAAUAAUAAAAAAUCUAUAUUUAGACUGGGUUUUUGAUAUUUAUAUUUUUUAUGACGUAAAGUGUCAGAUAGCCGGUUAGCUCUGUCGGUAAAGUGUUAGCUCUGUCGGUAGAGCACUUGCCCUGUAAGCGAUGGGUCCCGGGUUUGAGUUCCUGACUGCCUGCACAUUUUUCUUAAAGUGGAAUUAUAUGCAUUUUUCAAGUAAAAAUCCAGUUGAAAUAGAUGUGUAAGUAAAAAGGAUUGUGGAAAUUAUAGCUUUUAACCGAACAUACCAAACUCUUCCAGUGACCAGUACGAAAUAAAGGUUACCAAAUAUGACUUUUCUUAUUUUGACUGGGAGA